AAAAAAACUAAAACAAAAAACUAACAGUUCCUUCUUCCUUGUCACGUAUUUUACAGUAGAUGUCACAUUGUAAUUGGCUACGGCCGGGAACCACUGGGGAACUAGGCUACUCGAUACCCCCUCAACAAUUUAAGGGCUUUCCAAAAACAUUAUUUUUAACUUUCGUUGAAUCUGACUCACUUCACGUGCAACUAAAGAAUCAAUAUAUUAUGGUCCAACGUGAGAAACAAAACCAUGAGCUUAAGUCAACAUUCACCAGCUGAGAAUGAAUACUUUUCUCGUUCUCUUAUGCUUGCUCUCUGAAGCGGUCUCUGUCAACGUCGUAUCUAGAGGAGACACCAGGGUUGACUUCAAUGCCGACGCAUCAUAUACCUGCACCCAUGCGGACCCGACAGGUGUGCUGCAAGUCACCUGGCAGAGGCUGUUCAAAGACGACUCGGUGGAGAAUCUGGCCACCUACAGCAAGCGGUUUGGAGCUCAAAUCAUAGACCCGCACCGAGGCAAGGUGGUUUUCACGGAAGCAUCUCUCAACUCGACGUCUAUUACCGUGAAAAACGUAACAUGGGCAGACGAAGCCUGCUAUAUUUGUUCCUUCAAUGUUUACCCGAGUGGAUCAAGACGCAAGCAGACGUGUCUUACCGUUCAAGGUGUAUCUGAAGUGAGAGCCACAAUGCAUAAAGUCCCCAGCACUGAACCUAAAGCAGACAUGGAGGUUGUGGUCAGCUGCUCUGCCACAGGUAAACCAGCACCUUGGAUCCAAUGGAACCUAUCUGCUGCAGCACUCAUAAAGACACCUAACAACUGGACUGUCAUUAACAAAGACCAAACUGUCACAGCCAAUAGCAACAUCACCCUCCAACUGUUGCCAGGCUCCGGGGGAUACGUGGACUGUAUCGUAAACAAUGGGAUGAGGACACAGAGACACGAGCGGGUCCUGCUUCCUAUUCUCCCUGGAGAGAGGGAGGUUGAAAAGGAUGACAAGAGGACAUCCCCGUGGGUGGUUGCCGUUCCAGUGUUCCUAAUCAUUUCGCUUUUAGUCAUCUUGGGUUGUGUCGAGCUUCAAAAGAAAAAAGGUUGCAGGCAAGCAGCGUUGGCAACCACAGCAGACGAGCAGGACCGUCUUAGGAGCAUUGUGUAAACAUCUGUCUGUUGUUGCUGCCCGUGCUUAUAUGCACUGUAGCUGACCGCUGUUUUUGUUGAGGACUGGAGCACCUGUUGUUACUGAGCCUGGAUGUUGAACCUUGUUGAAUCAUUCUUACACAGUCAUAAAUAAGCUAAUUAACACAUACAUUAUACAAGCCAUGAUAUGGUUAAUGCUGUUUAGAGGUACUGAAAUGGCACUUUUAGGUUUGAGAGAUUGAAGACCUCUUGUAGGUGAGUGUUGUGAUAUGAGGUAGGUUACUUGUUGCCUGGCUACCCAAACUCCUUGCUCCAGCCAAAUGUUACGCCAAAGGACAUUAGUUUCUUCUUCGCAAUGAGUCUGGAUUUGAGUACCUCCCCAGCUUUUCACCGAAUGCCAACACAUUCUGGGCCAUCUGAUUUGUCCAGUAACGAUGGGUUGAGUCACAGCUAGAACACAUGUGGGUUAAACAGGGGUUUGAAAAUUCAUCAUUGGCUGUUACUGUGAUUACUUAGAGACAAUCCAAUCGCUGGAGACAUUGUUUUGUACAACGCCCGUCGUGCCCCUCGUCACCACAAACGACUUCAAUAAUAUCCCUACCCAUAUUCAGACUAACGUAUGUGGUGAAAGGACAAAGCAGUGGAAGAAUUUAGUUUGAGUCGUCAGGCUAGGUUACCUCAUCUAUUAGGACAGCACCACCUACUGUUUGACUGUACUUUAUUAUAACAUACACCAAGUAGAAUAGAUGUAUCUUUUUAUUUUAUGUUCUAAAUAACCUAGUAAUUUAUUUUAUUUCAACCCACUUCAAUGUGAUUGACCUUGUUGCACUUUUGUUCAAGUUUACAGUGCAUUGUUAUUAUAAAUCUGUGGAACCACAGAUAGUUGUGUUGUUCUUCCUGUUUUAUACCAGUGUAAUGUGUGAAUGUAUUUAAGACCUUAGAAUGUAAUGAUGAUAAUGAUAAUGAUGAUAAUGAUGAUAUUGAUGUAAUGAUGAUAAUGAUGUAAUGAUGCUAAUGAUGAUAAUGAUGAUCAUGCACAUUUUUGCUCUUUGAUAUAUCAUCUUGUUUGAGUUCCUAUUGUUAUUUGUUUUGAUAAUGUAUGUUGCUUGUUGUGUUCGAUUCCAUUUCCACUUGAUUUAACACUGUUUAUAAAUCAGGCUAUUAUUCUUGCUUGAUCUGUAAAAUGUUUUAAUUGUUUUUAAUUAUUAAACAUUCUUUAUAUG